GUUGACACAGACAUCCCCAGCACAGGCUUGCUUGUGCAGUUUGCAAACCAAGACAUAAUCAAAAUGAUUGUGUAGCCUGUCCUUUCGAAACAUUCUUUCAUCCAAAUCGGCACAAUGAAUCGAUUUACCGCCGACUUUUCCUCCAGUGUUGACUCGACCCCAGGAAGAGGAUCACAACAACCACCUCAGCGCAACACCCUUUUCUCUACCCAACUCCCCAGUACUACUCCUAUCGCACCUCCGCCGUCGCAGAUCUUUGGGAGCUCUACUUUUGGUACCGGUAUCAGCAAGCUACAGUUCUCCAAGCCCGACAAGACGUCGCCCUUCCCUCGAGAAGAAUCUCAUGCCAUCCCUCACGCCAAUACUGGAAAUCCUGCCUCGUCGUCGAACCGACCCUUUCAUAGCUCCUUCGCCACCUCCCAAGCAUCUGAGUACACGGACCAAUAUGAUCAUGAGUUCCAAGAUGAAGAAGAUAUGGAUGAGGAUGUCGACUACGAGGACCAGACAAAUGCCACUUUACCCGCGUUCCAGUCGAUCAACCAAAUGCCUUCGUUGAUGAAAUUUAGUACGAUCAGUGCCAAUAGUCUAGGACAAUCUCGUCUCUCGGCUCCCAACUUCAAAAGGUCGCUGAGAAGUACCAGAAUUACCACCUUGCCCUACAAAGGAGACGAUACUAUUGUCGCUAACCUGGCGCGAGAUUUGGCAUCGAGGUCGCGUCCUGCGCCAGUUACCGAGUCAGACGAUGUCAUACUGCAGACCGAACAAUUACUACGAUCAUUGGACGCCCAACUGCAAUACUUGAAGAACAGUAAUCAGGCCCGUGAGGCUGUAACCCACUAUGCGCAGUCUCUUGCUCAAGAAUGGCGCUCAUUUGCAGACAUAUCUCGACCUACUUUCGAUGGCGAAGCAAUAGGCCCUCCAGCAGCAUCGCCACUCUUCACAAAAGCAAAUUUCCUGGCUUCUCUCUUAUUCACUCUACGACAUCCACCAUACGCACAAGAUGGUAGCCUUGAACCCACCCCUAAAGUUCUUCUUGAUUGGUUAGAUCAGUACCACAUCUCUUAUGAUGACCUGGCCCGAGAUGUGACAACCUACACUCCGAACAGCACUGCGAGCAGUGUCUUUUGGGGUGUGGCGCAGAGUUUAGUCUUGCGGGGCAAGUUCCACCAAGUCAUUCAGUUAUUUGCAGAUGCUGAUUUCAAAUACGCUGCUACCGCUAUCGAUGAUGGUAGCGAACAACCUGGAUACAAGGGUGCUCAGCUACAGUCUACUCAGAGUGUCAUUUAUCGUGCACGAGAAGUCCUCAACAUGUGCCCAGCUUAUCAAACAAAUGACUGGAAUGUCGCAGGAGUGGAAUGGGAUUUGUACAGAACCCGGGUGGAAGCAGAACUGGACUAUUUGAAUGAUCUCAACAAUACACUGGAAGAUGAUGAUGUCUCUUUCGAGGCUGAGAACUUUGGCAUUCGGAAACCAGCCACCACGCUCCUCGCCAAACUUGGCCGAAAGUCAACAUCGACAAUUCCCUGGUCCAUCUACACAGGUUUGAAGAUCAUCUACAACAUUCUACUCGGGAGUGCCGAAGAGAUUGUCCAACAGUCCCAGGAUUGGUUAGAAGCAGUCACAUCUUUGACCAUUUGGUGGGAUGGUACAGCCGAAGCCGCAGUGGCACAAUGGAGUUUUGAUGUCAGUAGGGCUAACAACCUAACCGAUGCCAUCGACAGCGAGAUCAAUCCCUAUCUCCAGCGUUUACAAGCUGCAUUCUUGUCGGUCACAUCGCCUGAAGCCAAGACUUCAGAGCUUCGAAUGAAUACCUUAUCACCAGUUGAAGUUGGACUUGGAAACAUUCUGCAAGGUAAUAUUCAGGGUGCUCUUGUCAUCAUACGAACAUUGUCCCAGACUGUCACAGAGGCCAUCGCCGAGGUCGGUACGUAUGCAGGAUGGCUUGAGGGCGAGACUCCAGCAAAGGCCGGAGGUUUGAAUGAUGAUGACUUGAUGGUUCUCAGUUACGGAACGUCGAAGCAGGCCAUCACUAAAGACGACAUUAUUUUAGGAUAUUCCGAGGCCAUCUUUGACAAGGCUGAGCUCAACCUGUCAAACGGAGCCACAGUCGAGGGUUGGGAGAUCGCGAUCUCGCUAAUCACGAGGAUGGACGACCAAGAAUUGAUGCAUGCCACCGUCAGUCGGUUCCUUGACCAACUCGACGUCGUCACCCAAGAGCGAGCGGAAAAGCUCACCAAUCUAUGCUCAGACUUGGGGCUUCCAGAAGAAGCAUGCAAAGUCUCGGAUCGCUUCGGGGACUUCUUGGUCAACAACACCACCGAAUACGGUACAGCGCUACUUGCGUACGCAAGGAGUCAUUCACCAAAUAAAAUUCGACAGUUGGUGGAUGUCCUCGUCAGUUACUCCAUUGUCCAAUCUCGUGCAUAUCCAACACAAGAUGAAAUCGACUCCAGUCUUUCACAUCUUGUGUCGAACCCUAAGACAGCCUUGUCUGAAAUUGCCGACAUGGAUCCACAGGCCGCCGAGCUGCUUCAGUUCUACAUCGUUGGCUACGCCUGUCUCCGCCGAUUCUACUCCCUGCGAGAUGAAGAUACGAGCGUCCCGUCGCAAACGACUGCAAACCAGGCACCAUCAGGACUUCGGCCCAAAGAUCGCCGGCGGGCCGCCGCCAAGACCCUCAUUGCAGCGAUCGAGUCCGCUGCCGACAGCAUCUACGGCGGUCUGUACGACCCGGAUCGACAAUCGGCUAUUCAAGUUGACGGACUCCUUGCCUUGCUAGGAGAGGCCACAGCCUUAUUGGCCAAGUCGUCCGACUCGGGCACGUCAGUCCUGACGACAACUCAGAUAUAUGCGCUUCUCGCAGCAAUCGAGGAUCUUUCCACUGUGUCCUCUCGAGUCUACGACGCAACAGAAGAAUGCCUCCAAGCUUCACUGAGGAACUAUCACGGCUCUCAGCCUCCAUCGCCCCACGCGAUGCUCAAGAAGAGUAUGUCUUCAGGCACUAAUUCCAAUUUCAGCUUCAGCAUGAUGGGGAGUGAGAUGCUGAUGGCCGAGAGUGGCAGCAGCGGCCGCACUGGAGGUGCUGGUGCUACUGUCGGCGGCGGGAAUAGCGCGAUGAGCAGCGGUGUUCUGGUCCGUCAACCAGGCAAAAGUUCAGGGGCCAAGCAACAGGUAAACGGCAGAGGAUGGGACUGGCGAGCCAGGUUUAGCGACGAGAACGUCAAAGGAAGGGAUGUGGUAAGGGCUUUAAGAAUUGGGCUCGCUGAGGAGCUGAGUUUGGCAGAGUUGUAGAGUUGACCAGGCAAUUCGGUGUCGACAUGUUAGUUGGCUAGGUAGAAAAGAAGAAUUGCCCACCCG